AUGUCGUUGACUGAAGACACCUUGAAGGACCAGCUGCUGCCUGCCUACUUCAUGCUGCUGGGCUCCAUCUCCUCCUACUCCCAGGCCAACAAGCCCCAGGGACUCCGAGCCCUGGUCCAGUUCAUCACCCACCUGAGCUUUUUGGAAGAGUGGGGCACUGGGGACAUCGCCCUGCUGCAGCUGGCCUUACUUGUCACUUUCAGCGACCUUAUUCUUCCAGUCUGCCUUUCCAAACCCAGAGACCCUCUGGAUCACCACACCUGGUACUGGGCCACCAGCUGGGGGAAUAUCAGAACAGGUCUAGACUUGGGACACCUAUACCACAAGUAUGUCAGCAUCCCCAGCCAGGAGCCCAACAUCCUUCAGGACCAGAAGGACAUCUGUGGGGUGAGCCAGCACCUCUGGAACAAUGAUCCCUACGAAUGGACAGCCCAGUUUGGUGAGCUAUCCUCCAUGCCGUCCAUUUGGAACCUACAGGCCUAUUACAACCGUUACCAGGUGGAGCGGAUUUUUUUGAGCCACGGAUACGUGGGGGGUUCCUCGUCUGACAUUGCCCUGCUGAAGCUGUCCACCUCCGUCAGCUACAAUAAGUAUAUCCAGCCCAUCUGUGUCCUGGCCAACAACUACGAGUUCGAGAACCGGACUGACUGCUGGGUGACCGGCUGGGGGGACAUCAAAGAAGAUCAAGGACUACCAUCUCCUUACAUCCUCCAGGAAGUGGAGGUCGGCAUCAUAAACACCACCAUGUGUAACCACCUGUUCUCCCUGCCCUCUUUCCGCCAUGACAUCUGGGGAGACAUGGUUUGUGCUGGCGAUCCUCAAGGCGACAAGGAUGCUUGCUUUGGUGACUCAGGCGGACCCUUGGCCUGCGAAAAGAAAGGGGUGUGGUAUCAGAUUGGAAUCGUGAGCUGGGGAGUGGGCUGCGGUAGGCCCAACCGGCCCGGCGUCUACACCAACGUUAGCUCGCACUACGAAUGGAUCCGAAUGGUUAUGGUCAAAAACAGCAUUCACAGGCCAGACCUCAGCCCGCCGCUGAUGCUCCUCCUCCCUCUGCUCUGGGCUCCCCCAUUCCUUCCGCUGGCCUGAGCCCAACAGGUGUCCCCUGGGAGCUGGGGCCAUCUGCUGAGUCAGGCCUGUCCCCUUCUGUCUCCUUGUAAUAAACAUAUGUGCGUGUUCAA